UUGAAGAAAGAGAAAGACAGAGAAGGGUCACUUUUCUAAAAGGAUACAUUUCUUCCAGAGAAAGGUUGCUUUAUUAUUGUUCCACACCAAGAAAGCAUGGAGACACAGUUGAUCGUCUUCUUCUGUCUGCUUGCUGGUGCUCAUCCAGUGGAGUCUGUGAUCCAGGUGACUGGAUAUGUAGGCAGAUCAGUAGUGAUCAAAUGCCCCUAUAAUAGACGAUAUGUGGUAAACUCCAAGUACCUCUGCAGAGGGGCGUGUGUCUGGGGGAAUAAAGACAUGCCAAUCAGGACUGAAGCAGGUCAGACCAAAGCAAUCAAUGGAAGAUUCUCUCUGCAUGAUGACACCACUGCUGGAGUCUUCACUGUGACCAUCACUGAACUGACUGAAAAGGAUUCUGGGCAGUACUGGUGUGGAGUUAAUGCAGGAUUUGGACGAUAUGAUGUUUUCACUGAAGUAAAGUUAAAGGUUAAAGUCCUCCCUCCAUCACCAAACCCGACUCUUAUGCCCUCCACUGAGGACCACACCCUCUCUUCAUCUUCAUCUUCAAACACCCUCUCAUCUUCAUUUCCAUCUACAGUUCCGACCUCCAACAGCUCCCAAACCCAGCAUGUAUUGGACACAACCAAGACAGUGUUUUGCAUAUAUCAGCCAACUGCUGCUGAGCAUCAGAAGGACCAGAAGGACCCAAAAGACCCUGUUGUCAUGGUGAUCCUGUGUGUGCUGGCGUUGUUUGUUUUGGUGACAGUGUGUGGGUUAGUUUCAGCCUUCUACUACAGACAGAGGAGGAAGCAGACACCAGCCCAAUGAUUACGAGAUGUCUGAGGAGCUGGGCAGUGUCCCAUCAACCAGAGUGUCGGUCAACCUUGCAGACGCACCCUAUAGACCCUCUGAGACUGUCAAGCAAGGCUCAGAUCAGCCUAUCAUCUGCAAUUCUAAGGAAAAUGUUAUCUACUCAAUAUUUCACCCAAUUUCACCUGAAAAGACAGCAUCCACCACAAUGCAGUAUCCAGUGUACAAGGUGUAAUUAGCCAUUUCUCUCAGCGCAGUUUGUUGU